ACAAGAAAACAUGAGAAAGGAAAAUAAUUUAAAAAUUCAAGAAUGUGACAAAUUAAAUGUUCUAUGCUUGCAUGGAUAUCGACAAAGUGCUGAAUCAUUCAAAUCGAAGACUGGUUCAUUUAGAAAGUUUUGUAAAAAUUACGCAAACUUCACUUACAUCAAUGCACCGCAUUUAGCGAAGCCUUUUAAUGAAGAUGACGAGCCUGUUGAAGAGCAGAGAAGUUGGUGGUUCAAUAAAGAUGAUGGAAGUUUCAAAGGAACGAAUCAAAGUGGACCAGCAAUAGGUUUUGAAGCCAGCUUAAAAGUCGUUGAAGAUGCAUGGGCAUCUGGAGAUUAUCAAGGUCUUAUGGGAUUCUCACAAGGUGCUAGUUUCAUAUCUGUCAUCUGUAGUCUCAGUGAGAGAAGUUUAACAAACAUAAAACCAAAGUUUGUGUUAAUGGCAGCUGGAUUUCUCUCUGGAUCUUUAGUUCACAAGAACUGCUAUGAAAAUCGAAUCUCAAUUCCAUCACUUCACAUUUAUGGUUCAACCGAUGAAAUUAUUCCUCAUGAAAUGAGUUUGCUUCUUGAGGGAGGUUUCGAAUAUCCCAAACGAAUCCAACAUUCUGGUGGUCACUACUUUCCUGCUACCGUCAAUGAGAAGCAACCUUACAUUAAUUUCUUCCAAGAUCAACUUCAGAAAUAUUUAGAAGAUAGAGAAUUGAAAACUGGUGUCACCAUUGAAGAACAAGUGGAGGAAAAUGCUGACGAAAGCUGA